GCAAAAAAGACAAGGACACUAGCUGGUUAUAACUGAAAAAGACAUGGCUACUCAUAGUAAUUUCAAGAAUGCCUUGACUGCAUGUGUAGUUCCUCUUCCCUCCAUUCUCUUCUACCUCUAUUUCCUUCAUCAUCGACAUGAAGAUCAGUCGUUGUGGAACUGGUGCAAUCACCAUCCACUUUUACUCGCUAAUCUCCUGUUUUUUCUUAAUGUCAACGUCCUCUUCUGGUUCAUUGCUCUUCUUCAAUCAAGCCAUUGGAUGAUAGGUUUGUACUGGAUGGUGAUUCCAGUAAUGGUGCUACAUUUCUAUGCCAAUCAUCCUACGGCGCAGUACAAUGAAUUGAGGUCGCGAGUUGUGAUACUUUUGACAUGGGUUUGGAGUAUUAGGCUGAUUCACAGCUACUUCCGACGUGAAAAUCGGCAGUGGGGAGUGAGGCAAGACUGGAGAUUCACAGACUUGAGCCACAAGUAUGGCAAGAAAUGGUGGUGGGUCUCUUUCUUGGCUAUUUAUCUCUCUCAGCAGGUUUUACAGAUGGGAAUAUGCCUACCUCUAUAUGUUGUCCAUACACAGGACAAGCCAUGGAGCAUCUGGGAUUUUAUUGCCAUAGUCAUCUGCUUCUCCGGCAUCACAAUCGCCUAUCACGCCGAUACACAGCUCCACUAUUUUGUUAGCAGAAAUCAAAAACUGAAAGAUCUUGGCCAGCCAAUGUUUCCAAUUCUUGACAAAGGCCUUUGGUGCUACUCAAGACAUCCAAAUUAUUUUGGAGAACAGUUAUGGUGGUGGGGACUGGCCUUAAUUGCAUGGAAUUUGGGUCAAGGUUGGACAUUCAUUGGUGCACUCAUAAAUAGCAUUUGCUUAGCAUAUGUCACUGUGCUUGUGGAGAAGAGGAUGCUUAGCCAAACAUACAGAACUGAAGCAUAUAAGCACUACCAAAAGACUACAUCUGUCCUGAUACCAUGGUUCAAGUCUUCCUCAAUUGGAAAAGAUAAGAAAACUUGACUUCAUAUGUUGAUUAGAACGAUUGUAACAGCAAUGGAUUGUAAUCUGCUCUGUAUUUAUUUGUCUUGAAUGAAAGAUGGUUAAGAACUUCUUUUAUGAGUUA